CUCUCUCUCUCUCUGCCCCUGGGCCCUCCGGUGGCCAACCCCGCGAGCGAGAUGUCGGACUUCGACAGCAACCCGUUCGCGGACCCGGAUCUCAACAACCCUUUCAAGGAUCCAUCAGUUACACAGGUGACUAGAAAUAUGCCACCAGGGCUUGAUGAAUAUAAUCCAUUUUCUGAUUCUAGAACGGCACCACCAGGAAAUGUGAAAAUGCCUAAUGUACCUAGUACACAACCAGCGAUAAUGAAGCCAACAGAAGAAGCCCCAACUUAUACACAAAUUGCGAAGGAACAUGCCUUGGCUCAAGCUGAACUGCUUAAACGUCAAGAAGAGCUAGAAAGAAAAGCAGCAGAGUUAGAUCGCCGAGAAAGAGAAAUGCAGAGCCUCAAUCAGCAUGGUGGCAGAAAAAAUAAUUGGCCACCUCUUCCUGGGAAUUUUCCAGUGGGACCUUGUUUCUAUCAGGAUUUUUCUGUAGAUAUCCCUGUAGAAUUUCAGAAGACAGUAAAGAUUAUGUACUACUUGUGGAUGUUCCAUGCCGUAACACUGUUCCUAAAUAUCUUUGGAUGCUUGGCUUGGUUUUGUGUUGAGCCUGGACGAGGGGUUGAUUUUGGAUUGAGUAUCCUCUGGUUCAUGCUUUUUACUCCUUGUUCAUUUGUCUGUUGGUACAGACCACUUUAUGGAGCUUUCAGGAGUGAUAGUUCCUUCAGAUUCUUUGUAUUCUUCUUUGUGUAUAUUUGUCAAUUUGCUGUACAUGUGCUUCAGGCUGCAGGAUUUCAGAGCUGGGGCAAUUGUGGUUGGAUUUCAUCCUUAACUGGACUCAACAAAAGUAUUCCUGUUGGAAUCAUGAUGAUGAUCAUAGCAGCACUUUUCACAGCAUCUGCAGUUAUCUCUCUAGUUAUGUUUAAAAAGGUGCAUGGACUAUACCGUACAACGGGUGCUAGUUUCGAGAAGGCCCAGCAAGAGUUUGCAACAGGGGUGAUGUCUAAUAAAACCGUACAGACAGCAGCCGCAAAUGCAGCUUCAACAGCAGCAACAAGUGCAGCCCAAAAUGCAUUCAAGGGUAACCAGAUUUAGACAAGUCUUCAGACAACAACACACUGUUAACCUUUUGACUGUACUUUUUCUCAAGUUACUGUAUUAUUCUAUGAAGAUUUUUAUGUUCGAAAUACACACUAUCCACAGCAUGUAUGUUUCCCAUUCACCUGUGCAUGGGCUAAAACCAGGAAAAGUUCUUUGUUUGAAUCCUUAACAUUAUUUUUUCUUGAACAAUAUUUUAGUGCCCCUCCCUCACAAAGAAAAAGAUUAUACUGUAUGCUAAAUAAAUAUUCUCCAUAUUUUUUGGGGGAUGAAUGUUUAAUGACUUAUUUCAGUGAUGGAACACUGAAAUUAACAAGGUACUUCAUUAUGAUUAAAAAUCCAUUUAGGUUUUAGCUGCAGUAAUCCUUUUGAGAGUCUUUCAUUAGAUAUGAGGGACAUUUAGGAGCAAGUGCAUUGAUUCUUGAUUUCUGUCUCCCUGUUUUGUACAGAAAGAAAUAGGGUAGGCUGAGAGUUUGGAAAGUUCAAUUUGGUUUGCUAGAGUGGAAGCUUUAUGAAUUGAUGAUGGGCCUGUGUGCAUUCAGUAAGAGCUGAUGUAAAUUUCAAUUUUAUUUUUUAUUUUCCUUUUAGGGUAGUAGUUCUUUUGAUAUCAACCUGUAAGCUUGCAUGAACACUGUUGAGUUAUUUAAAUUGAAUAAAUUAGUAUUUUGGUUCAGAAUUUAUCUGUACCAUUUAUAAUUACAGGAUUUGGUGGAAUGUUUUUUUCAAAUCAUAGAAACAUUUUAAAUGGAGUAUUAUACUCAUAAAUAAAAAUUGAUUUGGGGGCUCAGAUAUUCUAACAGUAGAAUAUGCAAUGCAGUGUACAGUUGAGUUCAAACAUAAUUGAUGGAGUAGAAUUAAGUGAUUAUACUUGCUCUUUUUAAAAAGAAAUCAGUAUUCAUGUCUUAGAAAAAAUGCUGUUAAAGAAAAGAUGCUUUCUUAGUUCUUGCUAUACCCUUGUUUGUGGUUAGUCUUUUCUACCCUUACUUGGAGUGAAAUUUUGGUUGUAUUAAGGACUUAAUGUUUGCAUGUGUCAUUUGUGUUUUAACAAUGAAAGUUGUAUUUUAAUAUUGGUAUUAACUUUCUUACCUUUACAAGGCAGGUUGCCCUUUGUCCCCAAAUAGAAAUAUACAGUGUUUUAACUUAUUUUUCUUCUGUUAUUGUCACUGCUAAUGAUUUUUUAAGCUGAUGCUUCACACAUACUUGAAUUCCUUUUAUUGCACUUCAGUCUUUGGGAUUUGAGACAAAUCAAAUUGUGAAUUGUUUAAAUUCUGCAGUAGCAAGACUUUCACGUGGAAGUAAGUAGUAAAAUUAAAACAUUUAAAUAUUCUGCUUAUUCUGAGAAGGGAAAUGAAAGUAAAGCUAAGUGUAUUUUUAAUUGUGUAGGUUAUACUACUCACUUGCCUCCAUGCUACACAGAAGUUUCAUUGUAAUACAUUUGGCUUCAUACCUUCCCAAGUCAUCUUUUUAAAAAGUCAUGGAGAUCCUUGAGCAGUUUUUAAGGAGAAAUGAGACAUUUAUAGAGAACAGCAUCGAUUGAUCUGAUUUUAAUGAGCUUUAUAUAUGGGGAAUAUAUUUGAGUGGAAUGCAAAGUCUUAUUUUUAAAAAAUUCAGAUCAACACCAAUUAAAUACUUAAAAAUUUACCCUCACCCUUUCUUUGUUAUAAAGUUAAAUUAAGUGCUGGACCAGCUUAGCAACCUGACUGACAUAGCUCCUGCUGUUAAGAAUCAUUGUGUAAAUAACUUGGCCAAGUAAUGUGGAUCGAGUCAACUUUCUGUUGAAUUUAUUUGGGACUAUGAUAAAUUUGUAUACUUGAAAUACAUUUCUACAUUAUUGUUAGAAAAAUCUAGUUCCUAUUAUAAAGUUUAAAGCUAUUUUUCCAUAAAUAUUUUCUUUAGUAGUAACCCCUACACAACUUAUAAAGUAAGCACUGCAAAUGAAAUCUUUCAGAGCAGUUCUUCCCACUGCUGAGAGGUAUUAGACUAUAUAAUGCUUUGUGUUUUAUUGUAAUAAUUUCAUAGUGGUUAAAACAUUGACUACUAAAUGUCACAAGAGCAUUCAUUGUUAGUCACCAACUCAUAUUCCAAAUGUAUUUUGGUGUUUCCUUAAACCACAGAUAAAAAUUUGUUUCUAGGAGGACCUCUAAAAAUUAGAAAGGAGAUUAAUUAUUGUUUCCUUCAAAAUAGAAAUGUUUUAAAUUAAAUUUUAAAUUUAAAAUUGCCAUUAUUGAGUGUAAAAGGAUUCAUGAAGCCAACAGGUCCUUCUCAUGUGUAAGGGAAAGUGGGGAGGUGUUUUGAAUCUAUUUGUUUGGAUACUCUUGUUACAAAUUUGUGCUCUUUUUCUAAAGAGCAAGUUUGCGUUAAAAUAAUGGUGUAAUGUUCAAAGUCAGGUGUGAAAGGAACUUUAAAUCAUAACUCCUUAAAGGAAUUACUUUUCUUUGGUCAAUAUUAAAAAAUAUUCAUGUGUUCACUUUGAAAGCAGAGGCUGUUUGUUAAAAAUGUUUUAUACUUUACACUAAAAAUUCCAGGUACCUGUCACAGAGCAAUUUAAGCAUAAUGUGCACCCAUUUAAUUUUUGUUUUCUAGUAAUAAAUUGUGGCUAAUUUAUUUCAAAGUAAAGUUUGGACACUGGAAGUCAUUUGCUUAGUGGUCUGUAAUUUAGGAUUUGGAUUAUUUAUCUGAGGGAUGUUUGUAUAUUUUGUAAAUGACUAAUAAUGCUUUGCUAUCAUGGUGACAACUGUCUUGGUUCUAUAUAAAUGCCCUUCUCAUCUGUCCCUCUGAUGUUGCAUGUUUUGAGUAGUUUGAAAUUUUUGUGUAUUUAUUGUAUUAACAGAGUGUCAGAAAAUAAAAUACUGUGUACUGGAUGUUUGCUCUGUAUAGUUUUAAAGAAUACAUUAAAAAAUUGAAGACAGGA